AACCACAGUAACCUCAAUUCAGUGGCGAUUGGGUUCUGUUACACUUUCAAGAUGGCGCAAUCAAAGGCCACAAAAAAGUUCGAGAAGAACAAGCUGAAGGAUGUUCUGAAGAAGCGAAAAGACAGCGCUAAGAUCAAGCAGAGGGUGCACAUGCGAGACAAGAGGAGGGAGAAACGAGCCCAAGAUAAUGCACCUGCAGAGCCUUUGGAAGGACAAGAAACUCGAAAGCCUAAGACCAAUGGGGCCAAGGACGACGGCUUUGCAGAUAUGUCCAUGGACCAAUUUUUCCAGGGCGGUUUUGACGUACCCGAGAUGAAAGCACCAAGCGCAACGAAGCCAAAGACCGGAAAGCGAAAGCGCACACCCGUCGAAGAGAACGGUGUUGAAGGUUCUGAUGCGGAUUCGGACGACGCAGCCCCCGAAUCAGACGCUCAAGAUUCAGACGAGGACUCCGGCGAUGACGAAGAAGCACACAAGCAACAACUCGCUAGCCUUGCCGAGAAGGACCCCGAAUUCUACAAAUAUCUUAAGGAUAAUGACGCUGAACUCCUUGACUUUGCCGAAGACGCCGAUCUUGCUGAGGUGGAUGCUCUGAGUGCGAGUGAGGACGAGACAACACCAAGGAAAAAACAAAAAUCGGGCAAGAAAUCUCAAGACGAUAGCGAUGACGAAGAGGGACAGAACGAAGUCACCAAAAAGCUGGUUGGGAAAUGGACGUCGUCAAUGGAGAGCGCAAACUCUCUGCGGGCGAUGAAAGAGGUUGUGUUAGCUUUCCGUGCUGCUGCUCAUCUGAACGAGGAGAGCAGCAAAGCAUACAAAUACUCGGUCUCCGAUCCUGAUGUGUACCACGAGCUCCUCGUCACCACUCUGGACCUAGUACCAAGGGUAUUGCAGCAUCAUCUGCCUAUCAAGGAAUCUGCUGGCGGCAAAGUUCGUAUUUCCACCGACUCCAAGAAGUUCCGCACACUCACGCCGCUCCUCAAAUCGCAUGGUGUCUCCGUCCUCCAUCUUCUGGAAAACCUAUCUGAUGAUUCUACCCUACGUAAAACACUAGACUCUCUGCUAGCUCUGCUCCCAUACAUGCUCUCUUUCAAGAAAGUUGUCAAGGAAGUCACUAAAAUUGUCUCUUCGGUCUGGUCGGACAACUCGAACAGCGAAGUGACCAGGAUCUCUGCGUUCCUAGUCCUUCGACGUCUUGUGGUUAUUAGCGACUCGAGCAUCAAAGAAGCCACCCUAAAGGAGAUCUACCAAGGCCUUAUCAAGAGCUCACGAAACACCACAAUACACAAUAUCCAAGGCAUCAACUUGAUGAAGAACACUGCUUCCGAGCUUUGGGGCAUUGAUGGCAAUGUUGGCUACACAACAGGUUUCACUUUCAUCCGACAACUUGCUAUUCAUUUGCGCUCGAGCAUUACAAACAAGACGAAGGACUCGUACAAGACUGUCUACAACUGGCAGUACAUCCACUCCUUGGACUUCUGGUCGAGAGUGGUAUCGUCGCAUUGCGAGUCGCUCCGGGAAGCAGAGGCAGGAAAGCCUUCUGCUCUUCGCCCACUGAUAUAUCCCAUUGUUCAAGUCACUCUUGGAGCUAUGCGAUUAAUUCCUACUGCACAGUACUUCCCGCUCCGAUUUCAACUUAUUCGGGCGCUGCUGAGGAUUUCAUCCGCUACAUCCACUUACAUUCCGCUCGCGCCAGCCAUCGUCGAGGUUCUAAACACUGCCGAGAUGAAGAAGCCACCGAAGCCAAGCACCUUGAAGGCUCUUGAUUUCAACACGACGAUAAGAGCCACCAAGGCAUAUAUUGGUACGCGAGUAUAUCAAGAUGGAGUCGGCGAGCAAAUAGCAGAAUUGUUGUCCGAGUUCUUCGUCUUGUGGACGAAGAGCAUUGCGUUCCCAGAACUGGGAUUGCCGGUCAUUGUCAUCCUAAAGAGAUGGGUAAAGACUAUGUCUAAGAAGGGUGCCGGCAAUCGAAAUGCGAAGAUCAACUCAUUGAUCGCAUUGGUCAUUCAGAAGCUUGAAGCCAACUCGAAGUGGAUCGAGGAGAAGCGGGCCAAGAUAGACUUUGCACCCAAUGAUCGUGCCAGCGUUGACGGUUUCCUGAAGGAUGUCGAGUGGGAGAAGAGUCCUCUUGGUGCCUAUGUGGCCGGUCAAAGGAAGACAAGGGAGCAAAAGGCCAAGAUGCUCGAAGAGGCCAGGAAGGUGGAGGAUCAAAAGCGCAAGGAGGCCGAGGACGCUGAAAAGGCUGACGGUCUGGCUGGGGAGUUCGACGAUGCUUCGGAUGACGAAGACGCGGACGACGACGAAGAGAUGGAACUGGAUGAUGAGGAGGAAGAUGAUGAGUAGAUAUCCAUACCUGAUCGAUGUUACUAAACAAUUGAGUAGUUCUACAUUUUUUGAAACUUUCGCAAUGUCGCUGCUUUCAUCUUCUCCGGAAAGGUCAUCCCAACCUCUAACCCAUAUUUUUUUC